AUGAGUGUUCCAAAUUUGAGUGUUGAUCAAAUCACAGAGAUCGAAGCGGCGGAGGCUUGCAAAUGGCUGAGAGCUGCUGGAUUCCCUCAGUACGCGCAAAUGUACGAAGAUCUCCAGUUUCCAAUAGACGUGUCGGGCGUCCAGAACGACCACCCUUUCCUAGACGCAGACAGUCUACAGUCACUGUUCAGGCGGCUGACCGCUCUGAACAGAUGCGCCAAUAUGAAACUAGAGCAUCAUCAUCAUCAAAAGAGAUCGAACGACUCUGACGAUGACCAGUGUGCAUUGAGUGACAAAUGGCAGUACGAAAGAAAAUCCCGGAGAUGGUCGCGAGUCGUCGAAAUCACACCACAGGCGCAAAGAAGGCUCCAGGUGAUUGCAGCAAGGGCAUUAGCAGAAAGAGAAGCAAGAGAAGCGAGAGGGGAAGUAGAAGACGACGAAGAUGAGACUCUGCCGACAAUACGAGUUGGACUUGUGGAUGCUGACGGCAUAUACACAGAUGUUGAACCUGAUCUAUUAACAGUACCAGGUCAAACAAUGAUACAGUUACCAAGCGACAAAGAAGAUGAAGAAGAAAAUGGAACACGUUUCCGACGCACUGGCUCGGAAAGACUCCGAGAUGGUGCCAAAGCUUUACUCCGAAGAGUAGAAUCACUUAAAACGAGGAGAAGAAAACGACAAAAUCGUACAGAAGUCAUCGUAUCCUCACCGCACUUUCUUGACGUGCAGCAAGACAAAUACGCAGACCUUAGCUACAUAGACAUGACACCUACAACUCCCACAGCAUUUCCUUUCCCAGACUUCCAUAGUUCCCCAAUCCAUGCACCUGCGAUUAGAACUCAACCUCCUUCUCCAAUGACUGUAAUGCCUCCUUCUCCAAUAGGUCCUUUAGAACAAUCCUUUGUCUUACAUCCUCCGUUUGGAGACGACAGUUCUAGUUAUGCGUCAGACGGCAGCAUGAGUUCAAGUAACAAGAGUUCAAAAUCCAAAUUAGGUAGAGCGAAAAGAAUGUUCCACAGAGGCAUCAAAAACGAUGACUCGAGCGCUUUAAGUGAUUCAGAAUGUCAACCAGCGAGUUGGAGGCAUAAUUAUUAUAAAGAUCACAAUACUCAUCAAAAUACUGAAGUAUACGUAGAACCUCCAUCACCAGUGGAACUAAAACCAGACCCUGAGGUACUCCGAGAGGUUCAAAAGUCACCAGGUCAUACACAUCAUCGACGGCAAGCUAUAAGAACGAGCUCAUUGAAUUUAGGAAAAGAGGGUCAAAAAUUUCGAGACAGAAGUUUGAAGAGAGACAAAUCUGCGUCACGGAGUUCAGAGUUGGACAGCAGCCCCAACUCGGCAGGAUCCAGAUCGCACGAUGGUGACCAUGACGAUGAUGAUGACAGCCUUGAUAGUAAAACUAAGAAGAACAACAUCCAGCGAUGGUAUUCAUUUAGAACAAGCACUUUGAACGGCGGCCCUAAAGCGAACAACACUUUACAACCCUCGCCUAACCAAAAGGAUCCUGAUUCUUAUUUAUCCCGACCAAUGUCAUCUCUCUCCUGUGGUCAACUCCAUAUUCUGCGCAAGCUUGCUUUACUCCGGCUCACAGCGUGUAUGGAGCGAUACUGCCCUUCUCAUAAGUCUGGAUGGAACUGGGAACUCCCAAAGCUAAUUCGAAAGAUAAAAACACCAGAUUAUAAAGAUAAAACAGUUUUCGGCGUACCUCUGACUGUGUCCCUACAGAGGACAGGUCACGCACUUCCUAAACCCAUCCAAUGUGCUUUGAACUGGCUCAAGAAUAACGCUUUAGAUCAGAUGGGUAUCUUCAGAAAAGCGGGAGUAAAGUCUCGAAUAGCGAAACUACGUACUACAGUAGAAGCCGCUGGAUCAGCUAACGCAACCUUUGCAAUAGAGAAUUUAAACACCAUAGAACCAAACCAGUCCAGUCUCAACUUCGAUGGAGCUCAGGCCCAUGACGUAGCUGACAUGGUGAAGCAAUACUUUAGAGAAUUGCCUGAUGCAUUACUAACUAAUAAGCUUAGUGAAACCUUCAUAGCGAUUUUUCAACAUGUUCCUGAACCUUUAAGGCCAGAUGCUGUGCAAUGUGCCUUACUGCUGUUACCUGAAGAACAUUUAGAGGCGCUGCACUCUCUAUUAAUAUUUCUGGCUGACGUGGCAGAACAUUCGGCAGUAAACCAGAUGACGGCAUCAAAUUUGGCUGUCUGCUUAGCUCCUACAUUAUUGAGAUUACAUCACGCGCCUCCUCAAACCGGUAGCACAAAAGAAGGGAAUUCUAACAGGAUGGUCAUAGAAAGUGUAGCGGACCAGCGUCAGAUUAGCGAGAGCCGAGCUGCGCACGCGUGCCUAUUACUUCUCAUACAGAAACAUCUUCAGCUGUUCUUAGCUCCUGCUGAUAUGUUAGCAAGGUGUAAAUUUAAUUAUUUUGAAGAAAGUGUUCCGGUGGCCUUAGAAGAAUUAGGAGCCGAUUUUAAUCAAGACUGGAAAGGUUUCCAGCAAGCCUGCAUAAAAGCUUUACUCAAAGAAGCCAAAGAAAAAACUCGAGGAUGGAUGUCUGUUUCGGGGGCCGCUCCCCAUGUAGAACUCUGUUGUAAAAAAGUGGGAGAUGGUCAUCCUCUCAGGCUAUGGAGAGCUACUACGGAUGUGGAAGCGCCGCCGCAGGAGGUUAUGCAAAGGAUACUCCGCGAGCGACAUAUAUGGGACGAUUCGUUAGUGAAAUGGAGAGUGGCAGAGAAGUUAGGAGCCAACGCCGAAGUAUUUCAGUACAUAACUGCGUCUAGUAUUAAUCUGCCGUCCCGGGAUUACUGCGUGUUAAGAUCGUGGCAACAAGGCGGAGGCGGAGGCGGCGGCGGCGGCUGGUGCGCGGUGGCGGAGACUUCGGUGGCGCACAGCGCGGCGCCGCCCGGCGCGGGCGCGCGCGGCGUCGUGCUCGCCUCGCGCUACCUCGCGCAGCCCGCCGGCAAGGGCCGCUCGCGACUCGUGCACCUCGCUAGGGUCGACACUAUGGGGCGUACUCCAGAAUGGUACAACAAGUGCUACGGCCAUAUUUGUGCUCUAUAUCUUGCUAGAAUAAGGGCUUCGUUCAAGCACAACACAGAAGGUCCUGAAUCAAAUGUAUGA